UCACCGGGUCCCGGCCAAGAUUCCCCGCUGGCACCUGGCGAUUGCCGAGUAUCACUGACAGGGGAGACACCUGUGUCAUGCUGCUUUGUAUUGAUCUGCACUGCAGAGAAAUACACAGUAUUUUUCCCUAGUAAAGCACACACAGCACACACACAGUAAAACAGCACACAGUUAACCCUUUGAUCGCCCCAGAUGUUAACCCCUUCCUGUCCAGUGCCAUUAGAACAGUGCCAGUGCUUUUUAUUAGCACUGAUCACUGUAUUCGUGUCAUUGAGAUGUCAGUGGCAGUUAGUCAGUUCCCACCCAGUGUCAGAAUGCCCUCCGCAGUCCUGCUAC